CAGCAAAGCAGGGGCCGGGAUGACGGCGAGUCCCAGCGCCGGUGGCACCAGGCGGGGGUUGGAGUCGGGGCCGGGGAGGGGGCUGUCGCCACCGUUCCGUUCUCACUGCCCCGCUCUCCCACCGAGCCGCGGGGUCUGACCGGGACAAUGACCAUGGGAUGCAGCAGAGCCGGGACCCCAGGCGUGGGAGGCAGCGGGUCCGGGGCCUGCCCUGAGCCCUGGCUGACAGCUGUGCCCCCUCCCCGCAGCCCAGGCAGCCCUCAGCAGCCCACCAGGAACAUGGCCCAGCCAGAGAGCCAAACCGCCACCCUGCCGGUGGCACCCUCGUCCCCCGAGCUGGAGUGCCAGAUCUGCUACAGCCGCUUCGAUGCCCGUGCCCGCAGGCCCAAGCUGCUCCGCUGUGGCCAUCGCCUCUGUGCCCGCUGCCUGCGCAGGAUUGUUCCCCCGGGGGACACUUCAACCCCUCAGCUCCGUUGCCCCUUCUGCCGCCAGCACAGCCCGGUGCCGGGCGGGGACGUGCAGCAGCUGCAGGAUGACGGUGAGGCACUGGCACUGCUGACAGGCCGUGAACGGGCCAAGAAACGGGGUCCACCCCGAUCUCCUGAGGUACUCCUUUGUCCCAGUGUGCUGGAACCCACAUCCAGCCCCGACUGCCUGGUUGUCACCAUCCUGGAGGUGCCAGAGGAUGUAGCUCCACCAGAGAGCCUGGGCAGGCUGGAGGUGGUGCGGCUGUACCGCCCCACCAGCCUGGGUGCACUGCCCUGCCACGGCCCUGGGCAGAAGUGGCGCUCCUGGGGGUGGCAAGCCAUCCCCCGCUUCAUUCUGGGCGUCCUCUGCCUCCUCUACUUCAGCUCCCUGCCCUUCGGCAUCUACCUCCUGCUCAUCGAGCACCACAGCCUGGGCAUCAUCCUGGUCAGCCUUGUGCCCUCCACCCUCCUUCUCUGCAUUGUCUACAGCCUCUGCCAGUGCCUGUGCCUGGAGGUCUUUGGGUUCCCCCACUCCUGACCCUGCACAGCCGACCCCUGUGCCUGAGCCAGGCAGGAUUUGGGUUCCUUUGGGGCAUUGUCCCUUGAGGUAUUCGUGUCCUCUGACCCACAGCAUGCUCUGCCUGGACCAUGGGGAGAAGCUCAGUGCCUGGUGCCUUCCCAUGCAGAACAGCACUGUAUUUUCCAUGUGGGUGCUCACACUGGCUGGAGUGGCUGCAGGAGCUCGUUGCAGCCUACAAGCAUUUGGGCCAGACCCUCAGCUCCUUGUCCUCCUCCUCCACAGCAAAGAGCAGGAGCCAGGACACUGACACCAACUGAGGAAGCGCGAGUGCUGGGCGCUGAGCGCCGCGGCCGGAGGGGCCCCGGCAGGAGAGGGACGGGCAGAGCCCGGGGGCUCCUGCGGCCGGACUGGCCCCAGCAUGGCUCCGUGUCCAUAGUGUAAAUAGUUCUGUCUGUGGCGCCCACGCUCCUCGUGGGGCUGCUCCCAUCACAUCUGUGUUCCUUUCUCAUGCGUGUCUCGUGUUUGCUGACUCUGUGUCCCAGAGAGGGGAGGAGUGGAGGAGUUUCUUUGUGUAAAGAUGUCUUCGCAGCUA